GCUUUGCAGGCAUAAAUGGACAAAUGCGAGAUUACCAACUAGCUGGGCUUAAUUGGCUCAUACGGCUGUAUGAAAAUGGCAUUAAUGGAAUAUUGGCUGAUGAGAUGGGUCUUGGGAAAACUCUUCAAACUAUUUCACUGAUGGGUUAUCUGCAUGAAUACAGAGGAAUAACUGGUCCUCACAUGGUUGUUGCACCAAAGUCUACUCUUGGUAACUGGAUGAAUGAAAUUGCUCGUUUUUGUCCCAUUUUGCGUGCUGUGAAAUUCUUGGGAAAUCCAGAAGAGAGGAAUCAUAUAAGGGAGAACUUGCUACAGCCAGGAAAAUUUGAUGUGUGUGUGACCAGUUUUGAAAUGGCAAUCAAAGUGCAUUUUUUUCUUUGA